GCUAGGCGACACCAUCCCUAUAUAAGGCGAGGUUCCCCACCAAAUUUCUUCACUUGCAAUUCGCUAUCUAAAAAUAUUCCCGGUUGCUACUACUGUCUCUUGAGUCCUCCAAGUCCUCUAGUUUCAAGUAAGUGUUCUCUCCCCCUCUUCAUUUCUUCGAGUCAUGUCUGAGAACAAGGACAGUCAGAACCCUUCUGUCCAUUCUAUGGUUCUGGAGAAGCCGAUUGACACCACCACUUCUACCCCUUCUACUUCCGCGGCAAAGGUGGUCAUGGUGGCCCAGCCAUCACUCAUGCAGAAAGCUCAUGUCCACGAGCUGCGCAACCUUCUUCCGGAAGGUUACCAAUUGUCUUAUCGGGCAACGUGGAGGAAUAUUAUUUCCCUCCACACCGGUACGACAAUGGGAAACCACUACCAUUCCAUCAAAGACUUGGGUGAAUUCUCCAUUCACCCGUUCAAAGUCCUCUUCUUCGAGACAUACGGGAUCAUGCCCGGGCAGUUGGCCCCAAAUGGUCACCAUAUGCUCAUCAGUUUUAUCAAUGUUUAUCGCUUCCUUCGCAUCCCCCUUUCCCUCCGUCUCUUUGAUCACAUGUUUGACGUCUGGUCAGGAUCCAAGGAAACCCUUGGAUUUGUGAUUGUGUCCUCUCAUCAGGGAUGGACUUUUCUUUCUGGUCUUCCUCCUUCAGGGGGUGGAAAGAAAAUGGUGAAAUUCAACUCCAAGUUCUCCAUCCCCCACAUCGAGGAUGUUGAGGGGCCCUCCACCGUCCAACCCAUCAGCCAGCAACCCCCCGAGGAUGAGCAACCGGCUCAAUCCCAGCAGGGGACCAACAUCCCCAUUCACUCCAGGGAAGUCUAUAUUGAUAUUGAAACCCUGGAGUUCGAUAAUAUGCUCGGGGAGACUGGGCACAACUCAGAGGUCGGGCAAGGGGGCCAGCAGCUGGAGGUCGAUUGGAUUGGCCAAGAAUGGGCCACCCGGCUCGUGAAGACCAAAUCCGAGGAAAAGAGCCAGAUUGAUGGGAUGAUGGUCGCCUUCCGGAAGGAGGCCCAAGCCGCUCGGCUAACGAAUGCCGGGCUGGAGGAGAAGGCCGCCUGGUCGGCUGAGGAGGUUGCCCAGCUAAGGGCAGAGCUUGAAAGAGCAAGAAGCGGCCGGGCUUCUUAUGCUGCAGCCUGGGCUGCCCAAGAGCCUGAGCAGUUUUCUGCCUGGGCACUUCCUGAUCGGGAGACCGCCAUCAGGUUCUUCCAGGACCUUUACAAGCAUGAGGUGUCCGCCAAGGUCAUCAACGAGAUCGGGACCUUUGGCUUCGAGAGCGGCGAGUAUCAGGAUUGCCGGGGGCUUUAUGGGAUUCUCCAAAAGCGGAUUCAAGGUUUUGAGCCGAAGGUUGAGCGAGGGGUCUCUUGGAAACAGCCUCCCUACUUUCGAGUAGGGGCAAGGCUUCCCUACAGCGCUGUCCAACCUAAGCCAAAAAUACAGUGCAUUGGCAGAAAGUUUUUGGACAGCGAUGUUGACCCAACAACAGCGCUGUCAGGCCAAACUUCCAUCUUCAAAAGAAUUGGAGAAGGUCAAUCCACUUCUAGGCCACCACUCUUUGAUGGCACCAACUAUUCCUAUUGGAAGGAACAGAUGAGAAUCUAUAUCCGUUCCACCAACUUCCAAUUAUGGUUGGUCAUCAAAAACGGAGAGGAAAUCCCUAUGAAGAAAGUAGGAGAAACCACGGUUCCAAAAACCGAGGACGAGCUUGAUGCUGAGGACAUCAAGAAGGUUGAAAACUACGCAAAAGCUAUCAACAUGCUUUACUGUGCGGUUAACCCCGAUGACUACCGGAAAAUCUCUUGCUGCACAACCGCCAAGGAGAUGUGGGACAUGCUUGAAGUGACGUACGAAGGUACCGAUCAAGUUCAUGAAGCCAAGAUCGAUUUUCUCAACCAAGAGUACGAAAUGUUCCGAAUGAAAGAAGGUGAGAAAAUCGAUGACAUGUUCGACCGGUUCUCAAAGAUCAUCAACGAUCUUCAUGCUCUCAAAAAGACUUACGCCAACAAGGAUCUCGUGAGGAAAAUCCUGCGGAGUCUCACACCCGAAUGGAGGUCAAAAGCCGAUGCAAUCUAUGAAUCCAUUGGAGUCUCAAAUGUCACCAUCGACGGGCUAAGAGAUAAGGGCAGGGCAGGAACCUCCGGGAAAUCAAAGUCCAAAUCCCGGGCGCCUACGACAUCCUCCGAGGAACGCCUUUACUACGACGACGGGUCAUACCUCUGGUUUGAUUCCGAGGAGGAACGCACCCGUUUCCUCACCUUCUUCUCUAAACGGGUUGUGGCUCCCCCGCGAAUCAUCCCGGAGCGCUACCCGGAGUUGCAGGGUUACGACGACCUAGACGCACAGCUUCAUCAAGCCGGCCUUUGGCCGUUCGUCUCCCGGGCGCGGAAGGAGAUCAACCCGGCGCUGAUCCGGGCCUUCUACUCCAACCUCCGGCGUGAGGACGACGUCAUCUACAGCCUCGUCAAGUCCACGCCGAUUGAGCUCACUAUAGAGCAGCUUGGGCGCAUCGCCGGCCUUCCCUUCCAAGGCGACGAUGUCUCUCACUAUGGCGGAGAGGACUGGGUGCUCAACAACGAGGGCCUUAUCCUCAACGAGCUUGGCAUCACCGAGCUCAUACGCCAUGCCUCAGGCCGCCCCACCAUCCACUCCGCUAACCCCGAAGGCCGUCUCGUUCUCUACAUCGUGUCCCGGAUCAUUAAACCCCGGAAGCACGGCCACACAAUCAUGUCCGGAGAGGACCUCAAGCUCGUCCACGCGAUCAUGCACUCGGCCCCAAUCAAUUGGGCGAAGUUUUUCAUGAUCAACAUGACGAUCGCCGCGUCCACCGACCACGAUCACCUCCUCCCGUACCCGUUUUUGGUGAUGGACAUCCUUGAACGGUUCAAGGUAACCACCAUCGUUGGCCCGCUCACGAAGGCCACGAAGCUUUGGACGAUAAGAGCCCAAACCUUCACCAAGCGGUCGGACAACGCCGCGCCUGCCACUGCCGCGCCACGCCGCACUGCCCCUGCCGCUGGCCCAGCCGAACCCCAGGCCCGAGCCAACCUCGCCUCCAUCGCCGACUCCCUCAACCGGCUACACCUCAAAGUUGGCGGGAUGGAUGGCUACCUUGAGCGGCUCGAGGAGGCGGUCCAACGCCAAGGGUACGCCAUGAACGCGUACUUCCAACGCGUUAACUACGUCCCCCCACCGUACCAUGGCACGUUCUUUGGGCAAGUGUACGGUGACGAGGACGAAGACGAUGCCUCAUAUGCCCCGUCAAGCUCCCCGGAUGACGACGAGUUCGAUGACGCCAUUGAUGGUGAUGAGAUGGACGUCGACGAGGACGAGGACGAAACCGAAGACGAAAACUAGGACACCCCUAGAAUUUCUAUCUCUUUUCCUUUAAUUGUCUUGUUUUUUUUAAUGCUUCUGUUGUACUCCGCUAUUUCCCAUCAAUAAAUAAAAGUAUCUUUUAUCUUUUUGUUAAUGUCAAAAGGGGGAAGAAAAGGGCUAUGCAUAU